AUGGGGAGCGACAACGACGAAACGCCUAAUAUCCAAUUUAAAAAGAAGAAGAAGACGAAACCUUUAAGGAAACGCGAAGCUCUCUCGGAUGACAAUGACAGUGAGGAAGAGAAAAUGUCCGUCAGGGAGAAAGUCGAGGAGAUGAAGAUCAUUCAAAAACUCCGCGAGAGACCGGCUGGCGUUGAUAUUGUUGGUUUGGCUCUCGGAGAAAGCGUCGCAUCCGAUGUGUUGACAUCGGAUCCUUUUAAUAUGAAAACUGGAGGAAUGGUAAAUAUGGCUGCACUGAAGAAUACAAAACAUAAGCCGAAUGAUGCAUAUGAUACUGGCAUUGGAACGCAAUUUAAUGCAGAGACCAAUAAACGCGAUGAAGAUGAAGAAAUGGUUAAGUAUAUAGAAGAAGAAUUGUCGAAGCGCAAGACUAAAAAUAAUAACGAUGCAGCAAAUAGUACAAAUAAUGACAAGGGAUCAUAUUGCUCGCCAGAGGAAGCAGCGUUGCGUGCAGUACCAGAACAUUUGAGGCAGAGCUCGACCAAUCGUAGCGAGGAAAUGCUUUCGAAUCAAAUGCUAUCUGGUAUUCCAGAAGUUGAUCUUGGUAUAGAAGCCAAAAUCCGUAACAUUGAAGCUACGGAGGAGGCAAAAUUAAAACUUCUUUGGGACAGACAUAGAAAAAAAGAUGGGCCUUCACAGUUUGUUCCUACAAAUAUGGCUGUGAAUUUUGUACAACACAACAGAUUUAACAUAGAAGACUCAGAUUUUCAAAAGUCGCAGCAAGAAUCCGGCAACAAGAAAAAAUAUACUACCAAAGAAGACAUUCGAGGAAAACGAAAAGAUAACGGAGAGAAGGCAACGGACGAUUACCAUUAUGAAAGAUUUAAAAAGCAAUUCAGACGAUUUUGAAUUAGACUUGUAUAAUUAAUCAUGUUAUUAUACUCUUUAAAUUCAUAUAAGUAAACGUUAAUGAUUUCUUACAUUAGAUGUUUUUUUAAUUGCCAUUUAAAUUUAAGAAUCAAGAAACAAUACAAUAUUACGAUAAUUUAUUUCUAUUUGCAUAUAUUAUCUAUCAAAAGGCAUCUAUUAAAUAUUUGCAUUCCAGUAAGCUUUGCUCUGCAACUUUUAACAAUAGUGUCUCUCAUUACCUUUUAUUAGUAGUCCUCUUGCUUGCUUGCUUGCUUGCUUGCUCGCUCGUUAUUUUUGGUUGUAAAUAUUCAAAUUUUAUGAAAUUAAGUAAAUAGAUAUAGAGAAGAAAACAAUGAAAAAUUUGACUUUUAAUAGCUUACAAUAGCAACAAAAAUGAUUCUAUUUUACUAUUUUAGGUAAAUAAUUUUUGAAUGAAUAAAUCGAAUAAAUGGAUCUAAAAAAA